UAUCUGCUCUUCCACAUGCAAUAACAUGGACGUCUUUCCCGUUGGUUUUUAUUGAUUUUCAAGCUUUAAAAGCUUCCUAAACAUUUUCUGUCAACCUCAGAAGGAAUCUGAGUGAUGCUGGUUUCAUAUGUUCUUCAACGUAACACAAAAGCUGCAAAAAAUAUCUGAAGGGGAAGACAACUCAAACAAUCAAUUUUUACCUUUUUGAUAGGUGCAAAAUACUCCAAAUCUUUUUGUAUUUAUGUGUGGAAACAAACUUGUGUUUAAAGACUUUCAUGUGAAAUAUAAUGACUGUAUCUGUAAAAGGAGGGGGACAAGGGGAACAGACCCCACCCAAUCCACCAGCAACAACACCUAAGAAUGCCGAACCCAGUGCUCCUGCAACUUCAGGUGAGGAGCAGCCACCAAAUGAGAACGAACUGGCACAACAGGACAAUGAACUAGCAGAAAACAAUGAACUGCUUUUGCCAUCAGGAGAACCGUUUUUUCCAGUCGCUGAACUGGCAAAACUGGAUGAAAUGAUAAAUAGACAGAGAUGGGUAGUACCUGUGUUACCUAAAGGAGAGCUUGAAGUUUUACUAGAAGCUUCCAUUAAACUAUGUAAAGCUGGUCUUGACACAAAAAGCGAAGAUUGUCAAAGGUUUUUCAGGGAUGGACUGACCCUGUCAUUUCAUAAAAUACUCAAUGAUGAAGCAGUAAAUGGAUGGAAAUAUGAGAUACAUAAAUGUAUCCUGAAGAACACAGAAAAACUAAUUGAAUUAUGUGUAGUCAAACUACCUCAGGAUUGGUUUCCUCUGCUAGAUCUACUGUCACUGGUAUUCAACCCUCUAUCAAGAUUUAAUGAUUAUAAUGGAGCCCGACCAUCAGAGACUUUAUCUCAGGGUACUUCAUCAUCAUCAACAAAUACCUCUGAUAACAAUACUGAAGUAUACGCAAAGUCACCAGAAACAGGACCGCCAAAGGGGUGGCUUGUCGACCUGGUCAACAGGUUUGGUUCCUUGGGUGGUUUUGGUAUUCUACAAGACAGAGUGUGCAGCAAAGAUAAUCUCAAUGUUCCUUUAUUAUCAGCAUUAUUAAAGCCAUUUGGAUAUUGUGCUGAAGUGUUGACAACACAAACUGUUGAAAAGUACUUUCUACCUAUAAUAAAAUUUGUUCCAGAUUUCUUAGAAGGUUUAUCAGAUGAAGAACUCAAAAAGGAGGCCAAAAAUGAGGCUAAAAAUGAUGCUCUCUCCUCUAUCAUCAAAGCUCUUAAGAAACUUGGUACUAGAAUAGAAGACAGAGAAGAUAUUCGUAAACAACUGGAAAUCUUUAGACUUAAGAUGAUACUUAGACUGUUACAGAUUUCCUCAUUCAAUGGGAAGAUGAAUGCACUUAAUGAGAUUAAUAAAGUCAUAUCGAGUGUAUCGUACUACACCCAUCCACAUACUGCUGUCGAUGAUAAGGAGUGGUUAACAGCAGAAAGAAUGGCUGAAUGGAUUGAAUCAAAUAAUGUUCUGUCUAUUGUUCUGAAAGAUAAUCUUCACCAACCUCAGUAUGUGGAAAAACUAGAAAAAAUUAUUCGAUUUAUAAUAAAAGAGAAAGCUUUAUCCCUCAAGGACCUUGACAGUAUUUGGGCUGCUCAGAUUGGUAAACAUGAUGCCAUUAUCAAGAAUAUUCAUGAUCUACUAGCUAAACUUGCCUGGGAUUUUUCCGCGGACCAGUUAGAUCAUCUUUUUUCCUGCUUUCAGGAAAGCUGGGCUCACGCCAGCAAGAAACAGAGAGAAAAGUUACUUGAACUCAUCAGAAGACUAGCAGAAGAUGACAAAGAAGGUGUCAUGGCUCACAAGGUUCUUGGUCUUCUAUGGAGUCUUACUCAUAGUGAUGAUGUGCCUACUGAUAUUAUGGACCUGGCACUCAGCGCGCACAUCAAGAUACUGGACUACAGCUGUUCCCAGGUACAGGAUCGUGACUCCCAAAAAACACAGUGGAUAGAUAGGUGUGUGGAAGAGCUGCGUAAUGACACAUGGGUUCUCCCGGCACUCAAACAUAUCAAGGAAAUCUGCAUGCUGUUUUAUGAGGCUCCACAGAAUUAUUCCCAUGUACAACGAAACCCCCAUGUGUUUUACAGACAUGAAGUUAUCAAUAAGCUACAACAGACUCACUCCCUUGUGACGUUGGUAGCUGAUAACCUGGCUAAAUACAUGCAGAAAGUACGAGUAAUAGUCACAGGCAAACCUGAGAUGGAUUCACAGGACGUAAUACCAGAUGGACGUUACAACCACCAACAGCAAGUCCAGGACAGGCUGAACUUCCUCAAAUUUCUGUUGAAGGAUGGUCAGCUAUGGUUGUGUGAACCACAAGCUAAAUUGAUUUGGCAGUGUUUGGCAGAGAAGGCUAUCUACCCUACUGAUAGAGAAUGUUGUUUCAAAUGGUUUUCCAAGCUGAUGGGUGACGAACCAGACUUGGAUCCAGACAUUAGCUUGUCAUUUUUUGAAGGCAAUGUUCUCAAACUAGACCCUGUCUAUUUGACAGAAAAUGGAAUAAGAUGUUUUGAGAGAUUUUUUAGAGCUGUGAAUGUCAAAGAGGGCAAGCUUGUGUCUAAAAGGAGAUCAUAUAUGAUGGAAGAUUUGAAUCUCAUUGGCAUUGACUAUGUGUGGAAGGUUGUGCUGCAUAGCAGUGGUGAAAUUGCACACAGAGCUAUUGAAUUGCUCAAAGAAACCUUUACAAACUUAGGGCCCAAUUUACGAGCCAAUCAGGUUGAGAUCCAUGAUCAGUUUAUUCAAGCUUGCACAAGUCGCAUCCGAGAAUCAGCCAAAGUACUGCUAACCUCAUCCAAAGGCAUUGAGGAGGACAUCAAGAUUGAAAAGAGCAAAGCAAUGGCUGAAGGUGAAGCCAUCAAAGUCGUGCGCUGUCUUACUGUCCUCAGGGAAUAUGUUUCAGAAUGUGAUGAUGAUCAUAUGGAAGAACGAGCCAUUCUUCCACAUGGAAGAUCUUGUAGAGGGAAACAUGUCUCGUUAAUAAUACGUUUCCCAGCACAUGGCCGACAAGGUGAAGAAUUUGAAAUCUGGUCACAUGCACAUGAAUCAUUAGCAUCAAUAAGACGACAGAUUCUUGGAAGGAUAAGACCCACCACCCAAGCAUCAAAAAUCGAUCUUUAUGUCAACGGAGAGCUUCUUUGUCCAUCAGAUGAUAGAAGAUUGGUUUUUCAAGUUCCACUGAGGGACAGAACACUGAUAACAGCCAAGAUUGGCCCAGUCAGCAACUCUAUGCCAUCAUCACCAGACUCAUCAUCAGAGUCAUCGACUGGUUCGACUGCAGCUGCUCUAGAUGGACCAAACUUGGAUGCUGAAAACUGCCUACCAGGAGUGAUAAUGUCCAAAAGACACCAGUUUUUACAGUACCUUAUUCAGUUGGCUGAUCAUGGGAUAGAACAUGGGAUUUCAGAACUAAGAGAAAGAGUACAACAAUUAUUAGACUUGAUUCCAUCAGAUGCGCACAUUGUGAAACAGGUCAAGUCAAUAUGUCAUGACCAUGCCGAUCAAGGCUCCAAAGAUUCACUGCAAAACCUGGAGAAAAUAUUCCUCACCAAAUCACCUAUGCAAGCCCUUUAUAAUCUAGAGGUUGUUUAUGCUCUUAUUAUGCCAGCAUGUCCUUUGAUACAAGAGCAGGUUUUUGAUUUCCAGCUUAAUUUCCUUAAGAGUGGCGGCAUGCCAUGUGUAAUAAGCAUGCUUACGAAUACUGAGUAUGUCAAAACUGCAGAUAUGUAUACCAAAAGAUCUGCAUACAACACCCUUAUGAAACUGAGCAAGCUGCUAUUCACUGUGAUUGGCCACGCUCAAGUCAACAUUGUUGCUGAAGCAAUGAACUCAUCAGACCCAUCAGCGCAGAUGCCAUUCUCAGCCAGUGUACACAAUGCUGCUGUUGUACUACAGCAAGCCCUGAUGUACAUACCCAACCCUAACACAGAGUGUAUGCUGAAGAAUGUUGCAGUCAGACUGGCUAUCAAAAUGGGAGAAGCAGCUACAACUAGUGUCCCAGAUUUGACUGUCAUUAAGUCUAUCCAGAGAAUAGCCUGGGUCAGUGGAGGAGGAGUGUUACGUUUGUUAGAAGGUUCCAAUGAUGAAAUACACAAGGCAUAUGAAAAGCCUGGUACUGGUAAAAUACUAGACCAGAGUGACGCAGAACUAGCCAGAGAAGCACUUGAGGUGCUGACUGUGUGUUUGGCGUUAUGCCCAAGUGCACUAGAUUCUCUAAGUAAGGAUAAGACCUGGCAGUGCUUUGUAAUAGAUGUACUCAUUCUUUGUCAGAGCAGAUCUGUUCGGUACAGUGCUGCAGACCAGUUCUUUCUAAUGGCUACCAGAUGUUCUAACGGACACAGACCAAUCGUAUUCUUCAUUACUCUUUUAUUUACAGUUUUAAUGAACACUGUGAAGGAACAUCCUCUCCAUUCCCAUCAUUAUUUUAAUUUACUGUGCAGACUUCUAAGUCAUGCUUAUAUGACCCAUUGUCCACUGUCCACCACUGAAGUACUGCUGAAGAAUGAGAUCGGCUGGUUAAAGAAAACAAAGGAGGCAGUGCUCGCUGCAGAUGAAGGGGAUACAGUAGUUGACGAGACAUUGUUGGAAGGUCAUCUGGGGAUUACCAGAGAACUGCUGCUCUUCCAAGACUCUCACAAUAAGCUAGUUAUUGGAUCACAGUCUGGUGGACCAAGCCUAAUCAAGGAACUAAUUGAAGAUUUUAUUUUCCCUGCAUCCAAGAUAGUAUUGGAGGCUAAAAAUGGAAACAAUGAUAUCUGGAACCGUCGUGUGACAUCAAUCUGCUCCACUCCUCCCACCCUAGUGGCAGGAUUUGACCUUCUCGUGUCCCUGUGUUCUGGAUGUUUAGAGAACCUGAGGCUGUUAUCAGACAUUCUUACAGAUAUGUAUUACUCAGAUGAUACAGUGGUGACUGAAUGGGAACACCUUCCACCCAUUGGCCCUCGGCCACACAAUGGAUUUGUAGGAUUGAAAAACGCUGGAGCAACUUGUUAUAUGAACUCUGUGAUCCAACAGCUCUUCAUGAUCCCUGAACUUCGCAAAGGAGUACUCCUGGUAGAAGGUGCUGUGAGUGAUGAAGACGAAGAACUCGUUCAUCUUGAAGAAAAAUCAGAAAGCGAAAGCACAGUGGACACAGGGUACCAGUCUGAGGAGAGCAGAGAAAAUGACUCAGAGAACAAGGAAAAGGAUAAAGCACAAGAAAGGAAGGAGUAUCAAAUAGGAGUUCUUCGGCAGAUUCAGUUCAUUUUUGGUCAUUUAGCUCACAGUCAACUACAGUUUCAUAUCCCUAAAGGAUUCUGGAAUACUUUCAAAUUAUUUGGAGAACCUGUAAACCUCCGUGAACAACAUGAUGCAUUAGAGUUCUUCAAUAACCUGGUCGAUAAUCUAGACGAAGGUUUAAAGUUUCUAGGCCAUGAACCCAUCUUCUCUAAAGUCCUUGGUGGUGCUUUCGCUGAUCAGAAGAUCUGCAAGGGAUGUCCUCACCGGUACUCCCGUGAGGCGCCUUUCAUCGCGCUCAACGUAGAUAUUCGCAACCACCAAAGCCUGACAGACUCCAUGGAACAGUUCGUUAAAGGAGAUUUACUCGAAGGUGCUAAUGCGUAUCACUGCGAGAAAUGCAACAAAAAGGUGGACACCGUCAAACGCAUGUGUAUUAGUAGACUUCCUCGUAUCAUGGCGAUACAACUGAAACGAUUUGAUUAUGACUGGGAAAGGGAGUGUGCCGUCAAGUUUAACGACUACUUCGAAUUCCCCCGAGAGAUAGACAUGGAGCCGUUCACUGAGAUUGGUUUAGCCAAAUCUGAAGGCGAGGUAACAUCAGAAGAGUUGAUAAUCGAGGAUGAUAAGCGAUCAUGUAAUAGCGAGAAUAAAUAUCGACUGACGGGGAUCCUGGUACAUAGCGGUCAGGCCAGCGGUGGACAUUACUACUGUUAUAUACUACAAAGGUCUAAUCCAGAGGAUGAAAGUCGCUGGUACAAAUUUGAUGAUGGUGAAGUAUCUGAAUGCAAGAUGGAAGAUGAUGAGGAAAUGAAAAAUCAGUGUUUUGGUGGUGAAUACAUGGGUGAAGUGUUUGAUCACAUGCUUAAACGGAUGUCAUAUCGAAGACAGAAACGAUGGUGGAAUGCCUAUAUAUUGUUUUAUGAACGUCUAGAUGUUAUAGAACUCAACACUAUGAUGGAAACCGAGAAACCUCUCAAAGUACCAGUGCCCAUCGAGCGAGCCGUGAGAAAACAAAAUGUUCAUUUCCUACACAAUCGAAUACAGUUCAGUCCAGAAUAUUUCCAGUUUAUACGGAAACUCACCACAGCCAACGCAGGACAAGACAAUGGGCCCGAUUCGUUAGAAUUAGGAAUGAUAAGUAUCAAACUACUGUCACGAUUCCUGUUCUCGACUGGUUUUCACACCAAGAAGAUUGUCAGGGGACCUGCUAAUGAAUGGUAUGAUGCAGUGUGCGUACUUCUUCGGUCCGACGCUGCAAUUCGCCUUUGGUUCGGAGAACUGUUGUUCACUCAUCCUGAACGCUUCAGUGAGUAUCUCUUGGAAAGUCCAACAGCUGAGGUGCGCAGUGCUUUCGCUAAGAUCCUGGUCUUCCUGGCCCAUCAUUCCUUACAAGACGGACCCUGUGGACCAUUACCAGGAAUACCAGAAGGCGCAGUACAUAACCAAGCUGGUCUAAGUGAAUACAUCCUGAUAGCUGUGCUGAACCUUCUCAAGAAAGAAGUACCUGAACACGGCAGGCAUGUACAGCAGUAUUUUCAGUUCUUUCUGAUGUAUGCUGGCCUUGGGCCACAAGAGAAAAUACAGCUACUUAAACUCAAUGUGCCAGCAACAUUCAUGCUCGUCGCGAUAGACGAAGGUCCUGGUCCCUCUAUUCGUUUUGCUGAGCUUGGCAAACUGUAUGCUGUUGUGUCACAGUUGCUACGGAGCUGUGAUGUAUCAGUCAGGACACAGUCUUCCACGGGAUCUGUACCUUUUCCCAACCCGUUCGGUGAUGGUCAACCUCUGAUGGAGGUCCCAACUGAUGUCAGUGAAAUAUUAUUUAACAAAUUGUUGUACCUGAAAAAAUUAAUUGAAGACACCGCCUCGUCAGAAGAAACCAUUCGCCUGCUGAAAUUCUGCUGUUGGGAAAACCCUCAUUUCUCACGAGCCGUUCUUAGCGAGUUGCUUUGGCAGGUGGCUUAUUCAUACACGUACGAGCUGAGGCCCUACUUUGAUCUACUCUUACAAAUGCUUCUUGUCAACGAUUCAUGGCAGAGUCACCGAAUACACAACACCCUUCGAGGUAUCCCAGAUGAUAGGGAUGGAUUGUUUGAUAUCAUCCAACGGUCAAAGAAUCACUACCAAAAACGAGCUUAUCAAUGCAUGAAGUUCAUGGUUGCCUUAUUCAAUAAUUGUUCUUUGGCGCACCAAAUUCUCCUUGGCUCACCAGACCUCAGAAGAAAAUGGAACUGGGCAGUAGAAUGGCUUGGUGAUGAACUACAUAGGCGACCUUAUCCGGGAGGUGCGUCGUAUACGUAUAAUAACUGGUCACCACCAGCACAGUCAAACGAGACGUCAAAUGGAUACUUCUUGGAGCGUUCUAACAGCGCACGUCUGACCCUCGCCAAGGCCUGUGAAUUGUGCCCCGAAGAGGAACCAGAAGAAGAAGCAGAACAUGAAGUGUCACCGGAUGAAUCCCAAGACCAGCCCCUUGAUGAACAGGAACCGAUAUCUAAACCACAGCAGCCUUCUAAUGAGGAUCCUCCACCUUUUUCUGGUGACCCGCCUCCCCCUCCCGACGAUGCAGCCCCUCCAACUGAAGAAGUGGUCGACGAGGAGAAGUCACCUAAAGAAAUGCCAAAUAAUGAAGUGACGGAUUAAAGAUUGCUUGUGUAUGACCCAUUAAGUCUGUCCAUCCGACCUUGCCUCUUGUCUUAGAUGAAUACCAAUAAAUAACUCAUGAUUGACAGCAAGAGGCAAAAAAGCCAAUUAGAGAAUAGCACAUCCUUAUAUGGUCAUCACAAAAUCCAAGGCAUUUGAUUGGAUGAACGAGAGGGGGAUCCGAAAGUUAUCCGAUACACACGAUAUAUUUCAAAUGACAACUUUAUGAAAAUUCUGAAAAUCUAUAAUUUAUUUUAUUUAAUAUCAGAAGCUUCACAAGAGUUGUAUGCUAUUAUCUAUAGAACCACGUACUAGGUAAUAGAUAAUAGCAGACUGAUGAUAGCAUCGUAGAGUAUACAAGGGUGGGCUGAAGGGACUUUGAUUUUCUAGAGAAAUUUAGCUAAGUUUUUGAUCGUUGUAAAUUCAUUAUAAAAGGUCAAACCGUAAAUUUCUGUUUUGACUAAGCACACAAACUCACAAGGGGGUUAAGUCCCUUAUAAGUUUCUGCUAAGCACGUGUAUUGUAAUAUCAUAUAGAUCAUAGGAUAAUAUCGUUCAGCUAUUGUUACAUCCUGCAGUAAGCAGGCUUCUUAUCAGUAGGAAACAAAAACGAAGCGCUGUGAUUGGAUGAUUUGUGCCUUGAGUUUUGAUUGGCUAAGAGCGGAAGCCAUUCAAGAGCGUUUCAUGUUUCCUACUCGUACGAAAACGUGUAUAAAAUUGAGAAAACGAUGAAAAUUUGUCUGAUCGAUGGAUUUUUUGUAGCAAAGUAAAUGAAUGUGACAUAAAAACUUAUUAUUCGAAGAUAAUCUCUUGUUUAAACCAGUAAUUACUUCAGCUUCUUACCAGCUUCUUUUCAUAACUUAUCAAAGAGCCUGUGAACCAGUUGGUAAGUUGUCUGUAUCAAUACUAAAUAGUUUUGGAGUAAACUGCGUAUAAAUGUUAAGAACUGGGCCUUGACGGCAGCGUGUUUGAGCAUUCUAAUUGGAUGAAGAAUGAUUGACCUCGCACUCUGAUUGGUUGGACGGUUGUCGUGACUUCCCCACCGUGACCGUGUCGUCCUGUUUCAUUUUGUCAUGCGAAUUGUGCUCGACGCAAAUCAAGUUACUUGUUUUGCUGUUAAAGGCUAUAGUUUUAGGAAGAAUUAUUGUGAAAGACUAAAAAAUAAGUAAAGAUCGAAUUGAU